CCUAACAAGCGGCGACGUCAGGCGGCACCAAGUAACGAGCAGCAGCGCCGCCCCGGUGCGUCCCGCACUACUGGGCUGGCCGUGGCUGCGCAGCAGCAGCAGGGUGAUGCAGUCCUCUGUGGCAGCGGCCAUCUGGGUCAAUCGGAUGCAGCAGCAGCAGCGCACGGAGCACCCGAAGCAGCAGCGCAUGGAGAACGGGGCGACAGCGGUUCCCGAUCACCAGGCAGCGGGGAGGACUUCCACGGACCGGAGCCUCCGCCUCCACCGUUGCAGCAGGAGCAGCAGCAUGCUGGGCCCCGGCAGGGAUGGGGCAGUGCCUGGACGAGGCGGCCGGUCCUGGGCGCCAACGUGAGGCUGGCGACCUUCCCAGCGGUGUUCGGGGGCGGGCGACACGAGGAGGAGGGCGCAGGAGACGAGGAGCCCGGGCUGGAUGAGGACGACAGCGAGGUGGAAGGCGAGGAGGACGAUGACGACGGCGAGGGCGAAGACGACCCAGAGCAGCAUCGGCCGCAGCGGACACAGCGAC